AUGGUAACAUUAUACCUUACCAGUGUCGCUCGCACUGCUCCAAGAACACGGUUCGUAGGAUCAGUCCCAGUCAUCUCCAUGGUAACAUCGUACCCUACCAGCAUCACCUUCAUCUCCCCAAGAACGUGGUUGCACAGGGACCAAGGCAGACCUGCAAGGGAAAAAGGCCAUCUCAGCUACCAAGGACCAAAUCCAGCUUGGUACCAGGGCCCAAGACCACGUGACCUGGUGGUCUUAGCCCACCCACACUGUGUCCUCUGCCUGGGACGCCCCUACCUACCCCUGAGGUCUCCUCCAUCCUGGGCUGGACUCCCCUGCAAACUUCACGACCUCUGGCCCCUGGAGGCAGGGGGCUAUUUAGGAGUCACGGGUUCAAUCCCCGAUCCAGGAAGAUCCCACAUGCUGGAGCGACCGAGCCCUGCUCCACAACUACUGAAGCCUGUGCUCCAUGAGAGAAGUCACCAUAGUGAGAAGCCUGCGCACGGCAGCUAG